GCCGCGUUGAAUGUUAUAAAACGAGGAAGAACCCAUGUGGUCUGUAAGAUACCAAUGCGCCAAACUGUUGAGUGAGACUUCUUAUCGAAAGUUCUGAUCAAGAAAAUCCAUCUUAUCGAUACAACACACCCCGAGAUGUCGAACAGAAAAGAUCACGGGCUGAAGGAACACGGUCUGUCGGAUGACGCCGUGGAGGCCGGCCAUGACUUCAUACACGAUGCAGAGGUUGAGGAGGAAAGGAGACACAGCGGAGACCCAAACACGAUGCCGUCGAUGUCUUCGCAGCAGAAGAAAGGCGUAAAUCUGGAAGGGAUGGAGUCGAGCAACCCGAUAGGACAGGACAAAGCUGGCAAGAAGGCUUGAUCGCAAAUGCUUCUCGAUUGAGAUGUGUUAAAGGCAAGGGAUUUUGCAGAAGGAGUUUCCAUACAAACAAAUUGUCGUUAGUAUUUUAGGGUCAUGAUAUUUCUUCUACAAAAACCUACUGAGUGCUCAUUAAGACAAAUUCGAGUCCACGCAUCUCAUAGGAGCAACCCAUGUGUCCAGAAUCAGCGGAAGUAAUUAUGUCAUCCAUCCGCCUUCGCAACACAGCAUUGAACUGAUCUUAGCUAGUUGAGCCUGAGAAGUGAGCUUUCAAGGACGUCCAACAUCAUUUCCGUCGAUUCAGUGCUGUCUUUCUCUGAGUAUGCACUUUUACAACUUGGCGCUUUUCAGGAUCGGGCGGAGUGCUGUGUGGAUAAGACAU